ACCACGACCACGAUUGGAAACGACUCGAGCGCCCCAAUGCGCGCACUCCAUCCCUAGACUCGCUCUUCGGCACACGUAGCGACACAGCUACCAAACCUCAAUCACCAUGCCGGCCAAGCAGAAGAGCAAAGAUGCCGCGAACGCCCUUGUGUACGACAUAUUCCUCUGGAUAUUCAACGUCGUCGUCGAGCUCUUCUUCCGUGAGAUUCAUCCUCGAAGCUCGUGGCGUAUACCAAAGAACGGUCCGGUAAUAUUUGUCGCCGCGCCGCACGCCAAUCAGUUCGUCGACCCUUUGCUGCUCAUGAGAGUUGUCCGACACGAUGCGCAAAGACGGAUAGCUUUCCUCGUAGCAGAGAAGAGUAUGCGGAGGAAGUUCAUAGGCUUCGCGGCUGGUCUAGUGGGCUCGGUGGCAGUGGGUAGAGCAUUGGACAGCAAGAAGCCGGCCAAGGGCAAGAUCUAUCUUCCUGAUCCAGCAGGUGACCCAUGUCUGAUCAAGGGCAACGGUGUAGACUUUACAAAUGGCGACUUCAUGCCAGGGGGGCUGCUGGUAUUACCAAGUGUCAACAAUGUGGCAGCCAAUACUGAAAUACAGGAGGUUGUCAGCGCGAAUGAGAUUAGGCUCAAGAAGCCAUUCAAAGGCGAGACUGCACUCAAGCAGCUUACGGGACAAGCGCUCGAGGACGGCAACGGACAAUCGAAGGAGGAAAGCGGCAAAAACUUCCAAGGUAUCAACUUCAGCGUUGCACCACACAUCGAUCAAGGCGAUGUCUAUAGUGCCGUGUUUAAACGCCUGCAUGCGGGAGGUUGUAUUGGAAUCUUCCCGGAAGGAGGCAGUCACGACCGAACCGAGCUUCUUCCUCUGAAGGCUGGCCUAGCAAUAAUGGCGCUCGGCGCAUUGGAGAAAGACCCAAACUGCAACGUUCAAAUCGUGCCGGUGGGUAUGAACUACUUCAAUGCGCACAAGUUCCGGUCCCGCGCUGUCGUUGAGUUUGGCACCUCCAUAGAGAUCGAGCCGGAACUCGUCCAGCAGUACAGCAGCGGACAGAAGAGAGACGCUGUGGGAACAGUGCUCAGUCGAGUCCACGACGGUCUGAGCGCGGUCACUGUGCAAGCGCCGGACUACGACACUCUUAUGCUGAUCCAGGCCGUGCGACGGUUGUACAAUCCCAAAGGAAAGCCGCUGCCGCUGUCGACUGUCGUGGAGCUCAAUCGAAGAUUGAUCAAAGGUUAUCAGACGUUCAAAGACGAUCCGAGAAUCGUCAAAUUGCGCGGCGACGUCCUCAAAUACAACCGAACGCUUUUCAGACUCAACAUCCGUGAUCAUCAGGUAUCAUACGCCAAAUUCCCGAUCUGGAAAGUGGUAUUCCUGUUGAUCUACCGCACCCUCAAGGUCAUUGUGCUGGGUCUCUCCGCUCUGCCUGGAGCGAUCCUUUUCUCGCCUGUGUUCAUCCUGGGAAAGCUCAUCUCUAGACAGAAAGCCAAAGAAGCACUCGCGGCAUCGACAGUAAAGAUCAAGGCGCGCGACGUCGUGGCGACUUGGAAAAUACUGGUCUCGCUUGCUUUGGCACCAGCACUGGAUGUAUUCUACACCGUAAUUCUCACUCUCUGGACCUGGAACAAUCGGGUGCGAGGAUGGGUUCCGGCCUGGAUCCCGUUAUGGCUUGUAGCGAUAGGUGGUCUGAUAUUCUUCCCUGCUAUUUGCUUUGCCGCCCUUCGAAUCGGAGAGAUUGGAAUGGACGUGCUGAAGUCUUUGCGACCCCUUUUCCUGUCAGUCCAACCGGGAGGAAACAAUACACUUACCAAGCUCAGGGCGGAGCGACAAAAUCUGCAAGACAGGAUAAACGAGGUGAUCAACGAGCUAGGACCAGAGCUCUACCCCGAUUUCGACCAUCAGCGCAUUAUAAACGAUCCCACGCAUCCCCUGCAUUCGCCUGAGCGGUCUAGACCAAGCACACCCACACACCGCCGCGAUGGGAGUGAGAUUGACGCUCUGCACUUUACCCCAGCGAGCCCGACGGUCCACGCUCCUUCUAUGGGAGCUCAUUCGCACAUCUCCGCCAAUCUUCCCAGCAAUGAGAGCUUCAAGAACAUUAGCUCUAUCGGGAUGUUCUCGUCUCGACCUGGCACACCGAACAGAAGCCGCAGCCGUACAAACAGCCAGGAAGGAUUUGGCUUUGGCAAAGGACUUGGGUUCACCAAAAUUGAUAACCCGAAAACGAACCUUACCGAGGUGUCGAAGAAUCUUCACGAAGCUAUGCGUGAGAGAGGAAGGCGGAGGAAGAGUGAGGAUGCUUGGGAUAUGGUUCGCGAUGGCGAUGGCGAAGGUGAGGAUAGUGAGGAAGAUGAAGGUGAGAGCACUGAGUUAGGUGAGACUACAUUGGAGCCCAAGAAGAUGCGAUGAGCGAUGAAUGAUACCGCUUGAGGUUAUAUGGGUGAGCGUUAUCUUUCGCUGAGCUAGCUUACACUCGCUGUCGAGCAUCAUGUCUUGUGGAUGAAUCAUGAAGUUUCAGUUCGUAAUUGUAGUUAUCAACAACUACCCAAGUUACCUCGACG